AUGGAAUUUGGAGACAUCUUGAAGGUGAUCGGGGAAUUCGGGUGGUUCCAGAAAUGGCUAGUUCUCCUGCUCUGUAUUCCGAAUUUCCUCACAGCCUUCCACUUGUUCGGCCAAGUGUUCAUUGUCAGGGACGUCCCUCACUAUUGCGACACGAGCUGGAUCCGCAAGCUUGACUUGAACCUAACCAAAGAGCAGGAGCUGAACUUGACCAUUCCUAGAAAGCCCGAUGGAUCUCUUGAGGAAUGCUGUAUGUUUACUCCUGUGCAAGGGAGCCUUCAAUCGCUUCAACUCAAUUCCACAGAAAAAUGCCGAGACGGUUGGGUGUAUCCCGAAGAGCAUCCGCCGACAUUGCUAACCGAGUUCAACUUGGUCUGUGAGCGAAAAAACUUAAACGACAUCUCUCAGUCCAUUUUCAUGGCGGGCGUUCUCGCCGGAGCUCUGGUCUUCGGGCCGCUGAGUGACAGGAUCGGGAGCCGAAACACGAUCUUGCUCACCCUUCUCUUGAUGGGCUCCUUUGGCGUCGGGGCGGGCUUUGCGCCCAAUUUGUACGUCUACAUCGCCUUGAGGUCCAUUGUGGGUUCUGCUUUUGCUGGAUUCAGUAUAAGCAUGACGGCUUUAGGUACUGAGUGGGUGGGGGCUUCCUACCGCCCCGUUGUGAUAGUCAUGGCUCACUGCACCAACGCCAUGGGGCAGAUGGCCUUGGCCGGCUUGGCGUACAGCAUCCGGGACUGGAGGCACUAUCAGUUUGCUGGCUCUGCGCCUGCGUUCUGUCUCUUUUUUUAUAUUUGGGGCCUCCCCAGUUCUGCCCGAUGGCUUCUGACAAGAGGGAAGAUAGAGGAAGCCAAAAAAGAGAUUCAAAGGGCGGCGUCAAUCAACAAACGAAGCAUCCCGGAAGAAUUACUCAAUCAGCUGGCUCCCCCAAAGAAGGGCAGAUCUGGAAGUAUCUUGGAUCUUUUUAAGAAGCCAUAUCUCAGAAAAAUCACUUUGAUUGUGGCUUGGCUCUGGUUUGUGGACAGUCUCGUGUACUACGGAAUGAGCCUUCAUGUUGGGAAUUUCGGCCUGGACAUCUACACGACCCAGCUUGUGUUUGGAGCCGUCGAAAUACCAGCACGUGCCUCCUGCAUCUUUCUGCUGGAGUGGAUGGGGAGGAAGAAAUGCCAGGCUGGUUGGCUUCUCCUGGCAGGAGUCGUAUGCAUGAUCAUCCCUGCUGUUCCAAAAACCUUUCCCGUCGCCGUGACCGUGCUGGCUGUUAUCGGGAAGGCCUCUCUUUCGGCCUCCUUCUCGACCACUUAUGUGUUCUCUGCAGAGAUAUUUCCCACAGUUCUCCGGCAGACCUGCUUAGGUUUGUGCUCCAUGUCGGCCAGAAUCGGCGGCAUCCUCGCCCCAUUGGCCGGCCUUCUGGACGAGAUCCACCCUGCAAUUUCGAUGGUGCUCUUUGGAGGCAUGGCGUUGGCCGGGGGGAUCCUCUGCUUCUUUCUGCCUGAGACACGGAACAGAGAUCUCCAGGACGACACGGCAGUGUCUCCAUCCAGCCAGCGAUCCAGCAAGACAGUCAAUGGUGUCUUUGAAAAUCGACCAGUGGAAGAGAAAGAUAGAAGCUGGAUCAGGGAAACCACCAAGAAUACGUUCCUGUAG